AUGAAUGUGUAAGGCCACAUGCGUCAAUACAUUGGAAAUAGAAGGAGUUGGACGUAUAAAUUUGGAUUUUUUGGUAUUUAGACAUGUGUGGAUGCAAAAAAGCUUGCAUGGUUUACAACUUCAAAGCCUAAACCCUACUGCAUAUAUAGAUAUGUCUCCCAUUAUUUUCAUAUAUUAAAAAUUAUUUUAUGUCAAUAUCACUCCAUAAUUUAUACUUCAAAAUUUGCAAGACCUCGUGUGUUCCUUUUUCCAUCUUUCAUAAAUACUAAUAUUCUCUUGUUGAAUAGAGCAUCAUCAAUCAGCAUUUAAUUUGUUAGUUGAAUGAUGCAGUCGAGAGAUGAGAUGAGAGAUGAGUCAUCAUCAGGUCUCGUCCUCACCACUGACCCUAAGCCUCGCCUUCGCUGGACCACUGAGCUUCAUGAACGCUUCGUUGACGCCGUCACUCACCUUGGAGGCCCUGACAAGGCUACACCAAAGACGAUAAUGAGAGUAAUGGGUGUGAAGGGUCUCACGCUUUAUCAUCUCAAGAGCCAUCUCCAGAAGUUCAGACUUGGAAAGCAGCCUCACAAGGAGCAUAGUCAAAAUCACUCCAUUAGUAUUAGAGACACAAAUAGAGCUUCCAUGUUGGAUCUUCGAAGGAAUGGUGUAUUCACGACUAAUCCGCUGAUCAUUGGUCGCAAUAUGAACGAGAUGCAAAUGGAGGUGCAAAGAAGGAUAGAGGAAGAAGUAGAAAUAGAAAGACAGGUGAAUCAAAGGAUAGAAGCACAAGGGAAAUACAUGGAGAGCAUAUUAGAAAAAGCAUGUGAAACCCAAGAAGCAAGCCUCACUAAAGACUACUCUACUCUCUUUUUCGACCGCACCAAUAUUUGUAACAACACAUCGUCCAUCCCAAUCCCAUGGUUCGAGGAUCAUUUUCCUUCCUCUUCCUCCAUGGACUCUGCGUUGAUUCUCCCUGACAUCAAUUCCAAUUUCUCCCUGCAAGAUUCUUGGAGUUCGAUCACAAAGGGUCGUACGGUUUGUCUCGGUUAGAGAAGACAUAUAUAGAUCUAGCUAUUUGACUCUUUGUACUCUAGUUUCUAAUGCGCACUUUGGUGUAUAAAUUGCACAAAUUUACUUGUAAUAACUACUGCCAAACAUGAAGUCUCCGUUAUUCCCUUGGUAUUUAAAUGCAGUGAUGUGCAACGUGUGGUGAA